AUGGCGGUGGGUUGGUUUAGUAUCGUGCUUCUCUUCGGAGUGGCCGUGUUUAGCACUGCGGCGCCGCUUGAAGGUAACGCGGGAGGCCCAAAGACUGCUAAAAGUAGCGCAGCAGGGGCAGUAGCAAUUCCACAGCGGUCAGGCAUCAGUCGAGGUGCUUCAAAUCUUCCUGCACAUGGGCAAGGCAAUAUUAAAACCAGCCCAAAAGGCAACUCAAAAGAUGCACCCCAAAGCCAUGACUCUGUAGGCAAUGAUAAAGAUGCUGUUCAUCGUUCUGGCAAGCCGCCAGACAACAGUGAAUCCAACCAAAAUGGUAACUCACAAUAUUUGCCCCCAGACCAUGGCACUGCACACCAGGAUAGUAACCAUGCUCUUAAUCCUGCUGAGCCAGCAGGCAAUGAACAAUCCAACCAAAAUGCCAAGUUACAAGGUACACCCUCAGACCUUGGAUCUGCAGGCAUGGUUGCUCAUACUCCUGCCAAACAAAAUGUUAACUUGCAAGAUCAGCACCAAGCCCAUGGCGCAGUAGCCAAUAAUGGUGACCCUGCUCCUAAUCCUUCUGAACCUGAACCACCAGGCAAUGGUGGAUCCAACCAAAAUGACAACUCACAAGAUAUGCCCCCGAAGGAUGAAUCUGCAAUUAAGGAUCAUGACUCUGCUGUUAGUCCUGCCAAGGUGCCAGGCAAUGGUGGAUCCAACCAAAAUGACAACUCACAAGAUAUGCCCCCGAAGGAUGAAUCUGCAAUUAAGGAUCAUGACUCUGCUGUUAGUCCUGCCAAGGUGCCAGGCAAUGGUGGAUCCAACCAAAAUGACAACUCACAAGAUAUGCCCCCGAAGGAUGAAUCUGCAAUUAAGGAUCAUGACUCUGCUGUUAGUCCUGCCAAGGUGCCAGGCAAUGGUGGAUCCAACCAAAAUGACAACUCACAAGAUAUGCCCCCGAAGGAUGAAUCUGCAAUUAAGGAUCAUGACUCUGCUGUUAGUCCUGCCAAGGUGCCAGGCAAUGGUGGAUCCAACCAAAAUGACAACUCACAAGAUAUGCCCCCGAAGGAUGAAUCUGCAAUUAAGGAUCAUGACUCUGCUGUUAGUCCUGCCAAGGUGCCAGGCAAUGGUGGAUCCAACCAAAAUGACAACUCACAAGAUAUGCCCCCGAAGGAUGAAUCUGCAAUUAAGGAUCAUGACUCUGCUGUUAGUCCUGCCAAGGUGCCAGGCAAUGGUGGAUCCAACCAAAAUGACAACUCACAAGAUACGCCCCCGAAGGAUGAAGGUGACAACCCUGCUGAAUCAGAUUCUGCAGUGGAAGCAGAUGAUGAAGGCCUAAGUAAUGGAGAUGGUGGUGAUCAAGUCCUCAGUGAUGCAAAACCUGAAGACAAUGAAGAGAAGGAGGAUGAGUCCUCCAAGGAUAUGGAUGUGAAAAAGAGCUCCCUUUCACCUGGCCCGUCUCCCAAAGAAUCUGAGAAUAGCCACUUCUUUGCCUACUUGGUGACUACGGCUAUUGUUGUUGCUGCCUUAUACAUUGCCUACCACAAUAAACGAAAAAUAAUUGCCUUUGCUCUGGAAGGAAAGAGAUCAAAGUUAACCCGAAGGCCCAAAUCCAGUGACUAUCAGCGACUGGAUCAAAAGAUCUAAGGUAAAGCCCAACCCCCCACACACCUGAUGCUGGGUUGAAUAAGAAAUCACCCUGAAUAGAAGCACACAGAAACAUGGGGAAAUGUCCUGCCUUCCAUCAGUACAGCUCUGAUGUCCUUCAGCUGUGCCCAAGGGGAGGAGGAACAGAAGUGCUUUUUGAUUCUGCACGUGCACUUUGGUAAUGGUCAUGUCUCUGUCAUUCUUUCGAAGUCCUCACCUGUUUGUGCACCCCUCUCGGCUUCUUGAAGUUGGAGUGUUUUCUCAAAUACUGUGAUGUAAAGAACCGUUAUACACUGCCUGUGUCCAAAUGAUGUGGUCCUGUUCUGCUAUGUUGACACAAAGGGCUGUACUUAGGAGGAGGCGCCUUGCCUGUUGAAUGAGCAGGCUGCACCCUGCCCUCCUAAACUCCUGGCAUGAUCUUGUUAAUCGACAUGGUGGGGUUGUAGUUGACUCAGUGAAUGCUGUCAACAGCUUGUGUGUAGUAUUGAAACUAGAUGCUCACCUUGGGUUCCUUUGCACUAGUGGAGACAUUUUGCUGGGGGAUGGGAAUCUGUUUGACAUCAUCCACAUGUAGAUGACAAAAGUCAGAAAUCAACAUUAAUGUUUACAAGACUUUCUAGAGAGGAAAGUUCGUGAAAAGGGGUCACAGUGCACAAUUUGUGGUUUUCUAAUUCUCUCUCUUUAAAAAUGGCACAUUGUUUACUGUUAGGCUGAAGACAAAAUGAUUUGAAGCUUGCUUGUGUGAGAGAAUUUGAUGCGGGGUGUUUUGACCUUCCCCACUCUGUGCCAUGUUUCUUUUGAGAAGAAUUUCCACAAAUUUUUGUCUUGUCAUUAGUGCCAUAUCCCCCUUGCAAAGUCACAAGAAUGACGUUGUUGGCGCUGUUUUAGGUACUUUAAAAAUGAUAAUUUGCACUUAGUGAUUAUUACAAAGAAUAGAUUGUUCAUAAUUUGGCUUUUGCUGGGUAAAUCCACCAUUCCAGUCCCACACAGAUCCUCACUCUUGAUCCUAGGAGUCUGCAGAUUGUUCUUGCAUAAACCUAAACAUCUUCAUUUUCACUUAAUAGCUUUUUAAAAAAAGUGUAUCCUUUUCUAUGUGUGAAAAACAUUUGGCUACAAAUGUAUGCUAAAGUUCACCAAUGCACUGAAUGUUUUAAUUCCGUAGCAGCACUUUCAUUUCCCUAAAAUCAGUGAAGUUUGAACAGAUGUUCCUACAGAUCCUUGUAAUGUCGUAGAACAAGCUGUAAUGCAGAGGAGCCUGUUCUUUGCAUUUGUAUGGUGGCCAUUUGCAAACUGCAGCUGUUCUGAAACUCGUUUCUUAUUUCCAUUCAUCCUAAGGAAGGGGGAGAAUGUGGACAAGAAACUAAUGUUAAGGUCUGCCUCAGUCUCUUUCACUUUGCAUGCAUUUCCAGUUACAAUUCUUAAUUGAGGAUCAAUUUAGCAAAACCUGCUUAAAAUCACAUAAUUGCAAUUUAGGAGUCUUAUGGUUUCUUCAGAUGACAGAAUAUUCUUUAAUGCUGACCUUUUUGGCAGCUCCCUUCAGCUUCUGCCUGCACGGAAUGGGAGAAGCAUUGCUGUUUGAGAAAUAUCCUUGCAGGAAAUGGGGGAGAUCUAACCUCCUCCCUCGCUUGGAAAGGAGGGGUCAUCCUCCUCCUCCUCCUCCAACUGAAAGGAGUCCUUGAGUUCGAACCCAGUCUUCAGAUGACCAAAUUAUUCUCGCCCUUAAAAAUAUGAAUGAUGGCAUGAUCAUCUGUCUCUGGAGCCAGCGACCAACACUAGGGUUUGCACGUUAGCCAUACAUGCAGUAAGUUGCAGAGAACCAGCGCGAUGAUAAUUCCCAGGCCAGUAAGUGACAACUUGCUUGCAACCAGCAGUGGUCCUCCUCUUCCAGUACUGAAUGGAGGUUCUCAGAGAGCUGCAAGCUGUGGCUCUGUGCAAUUAGAGGCCGACUUCUGUCAUUAUGCUUGAUGUAUAAUGUUCCGUACUGUUUCCUUAAUUCCUUAAUUCCCUUGAUUAAAUCUGUGGAAGUGUCUUUUAUUUUUUAAUUGAUUUUGUGUUUUCUUUCAAACAAGGGGCUAAAGUUUGUUGUCGUUUUCGAAUAUAUGAAAACUUGGUCCGUAUUCUUUGUGUCCAUAUUUUUACCUAACCUUCAAAUGAGUGGGGCUCUAUUGCCAGGUAGCUUUCUUGCCAAACGGGAACUUUUUUCUUUACACAGCCCCCCUACUCUCUUUGAAUCCACAAAUGUGUGUUUCUGGUUCUGGCAGCUUUAAAAAUGAGACACUUUAAUUCAGACUUGUUUUUAAGUUUUGUAAUUUUUUGUGUGUGUGGUGAACGAAAUAAAUGGAUAUACCAAACAUU